UUUCUCUGAAGAAGCAUCAUCAUGCCUGAACCAGCAAAGCCCGCGCCCAAGAAGGGCUCAAAGAAAGCCGUCACCAAGAGCGCCACCAAGAGCGGAAAGAAGCGCAAGAGGUCCAGGAAGGAGAGCUACGCCAUCUACGUGUACAAAGUCCUGAAGCAGGUUCAUCCCGACACCGGCAUUUCUUCAAAGGCGAUGGGCAUCAUGAACUCUUUCGUCAACGACAUCUUUGAGCGCAUCGCCGGUGAGUCUUCUCGUCUCGCUCACUACAACAAGCGCUCCACCAUCACCUCGAGAGAGAUCCAGACCGCCGUGCGUCUCCUGCUGCCCGGUGAACUCGCCAAACACGCCGUGUCUGAGGGAACAAAGGCCGUCACCAAAUACACGAGCUCCAAGUAAAGCCGAAAGUACCCAAUCUGAACCCAAAGGCUCUUUUAAGAGCCACCCACAGUUUCCAGAAAAGAGGUUUCGAUAUUGCAAUUCGAUGCACUUAACACGUAUUUUAAAUACAUUGUGAAGUUCAACAUUGUUUCUAUAAAUAACGAA